UAUGAGGGUACAAUAAUUCUUGUCCUCGAGUUAUUGUAAACUGUACAUCGAUUCGAGCUCUGUUGGCCCACCGGAAGAAUAGUCAUGUUGUUGUCCUUGAACCUAUGUUAGUCCCACCACUUUUUCAGAAGCUUGACUAUAGCAGUUAGUUUCUGAAUUUCGACACGAACAGACGUAUUUGUGCAGUGAAAUUUACUUUGAAAAUUGUUUUAUAAUUUAUAAAAUGUCAUCAAGCGAAGCUAGUUCUUCUCAUGGAGAUGAAAACACUCCUGAUACAUCCUUACAUAGUGAUUUAUCGAAGCAACGGCUAAAAGAUGGAGUAGUGUAUUAUGAAGGUUUACUUCUUGAAAGUGAUUUAAUUGCAAAAACAUCUUCUGACACUCUAUCUAAAGAUGCUAUGUUGAUUGGUAGAGAAUUAUAUGAUAAUACGUUAGAUAUGUUAAAUAAAAAGAAGUUCGUAAGCGAUCAAGAAUUGAUUCAUGCUCAAGAAGAAUGCCCAGACGGAAAUUUUGAAGCAGUAGAAGAUAAUUCAGUUGAUGACUAUGUUCCAGAUGAAAAAAAAAACAAAAAAUGAUGGAUUAUAUUCCUCUGGAAUAUAAAAUUAAAGUUUUAACCAUAGCAAAAGCUCACCCUUCAUGGAAACCAGAGACAUUACAAAAAAAUGGAUGUAGUCAUUUGAAGAGAAUGGAUCAUUUGAAAGCAUGGGAAAAAGAUGUUGAACAUGAUGGAACUAAAUUUGAUAAAUAUCAUGUGAUUGAUUCUUGGACGUAUGACCGCUUCGUCGAGGCAAGACAAAAUUAUCAACAAGUGACUACACGAAAUUUGCAGCAAUGGGCUUUAGCUGCAGCCAGACAGUUUCCUAAUCUUCAAUUUACAGCGUCCGACCCAUGGGUAAAAAAAUUUAAACAAAGACACAACAUUCGUCAACGCAAAAUUACAAAAUUUGUAACAGAUAAAGAAGUUCACACCAUGCCAGAAAUUAUCGCCUCUGCAGAAAUGUUUCGCAUUCAAACAAAACAAUUGAUAUCUAACUUCGAUAGUGACUUUGUUAUUAAUACAGAUCAAACAGGAUGUCAAUACCAAUCAAUGUUUAAUAGGACACUGACGGAAAAAGGAAGCAAAACAGUGUUUGCAAAAGUACAAGACAUGACCAAGGUGUCACACUCAUAUACUGCACAAUAUAGCAUAACAUUAUCUGGAAAAUUACUACCACAUGUUUUUAUUUGUUUGCAAGAGCCUACAGGUGAUUUUGGGUCAAGAAUAAAGAAGAACGUAGAAGAAUAUUUAAAAAAAUACAAAAAUGUUAUUGUCACAUCAUCAAAAUCAGGAAAACUGACAACUACUCUCUAUAAAAAUUUUCUAGAGAAAUGUUUAAUGCCAUAUGUUCAAAAAAAUAAAUUUCUUUUAAUUAUUGACUCGUGGACAGGACAAGUGAAGCCAGAAUUAUAUGAUGAAAUAUUUCAGGAUGAUAAAAAAAUGCCUACAUGCACAUUUAAAGUUAUACCUCCAAAAUGUACUCCGUUAGUUCAACCAUGUGAUGUCUAUUUCUAUAGACAAGUGAAAAAUUUUAUCAAACGAUUGCAAAGUACCGCUGAACUUCUAGACAAGAAUUAUGAAAUUCAUUCCCGAGAGGAUUGCAUAAAAAUUCAUUCGAUUAUUCAUCACCAAUUGUCAGCGCCAAUAUUUCGAGACAUGAUGGAAUAUGCCUGGUUCGCCAGCGGGCUUUGUGACACAAGAAAUUUUUUUACUAAUGUCAAUGAUGGGUGUUUCUCAUUAGACCGUUUAAAAAUACCGUGUCAUUGUAAAAAAGUAGCAUUUAUUUGUUGUUCUUGGUGUAUAAAAACUUUUUGUUUUGAAUGUUUUUAUCAUAAGUAUCACUCAGGAUCAUGUAAUAAUAUCUCAUCAUACGGAACGAAACAAGAUCUGGACAAGCGUAUUGUAGUCCUGGAAAACAACUCUGUCAAGUUAGACCAGUUAAAAGAUCUUUGUGCAACUUUGCCCCAUAGCCCAGUGAAUGAUAGAAUUACUAAGCUUUGCAAUAGAGUUGAUUACCUGGAAAAAGAAAACAAAAAAACAAAAAUUUCAAUUGUUGGGCUUGCACUUUCUACCAACGACCAUGCGGAGGAGGUUAAACGCUUCUUAGCGGACAAAUUUAACAUCAACAUUCCCAAAAUCCACGUAACAGAAUAUUCCAAGCGGCUUAUUGUAGAUCUCUUCGAUAUCGGCCUGAAAACCCAAGUCCUCAAGGGAAAAAAAGACAAGCUACGCGGUACCAAAAUUUUUAUCGACCCGGACCGAACGACAAGAGAACGAACAAUAGAGUGGAGCAUGAGAAAGCUCACCAAGCAACUCGCAGAGGAGGGCAAAAAAUGUACCAGGAAAGGGAAUAACAUACUGCUUGAGGACAUAGCGUAUUCCUGGAGUGACGAUGCAAAUGCACUGAUUCCCCAGCCAAAGCGGUCACACCCUCAACCCCCGCGACGGGAACGACAAAUCAAUGCUCCAAAAAACUAA